AUGAAUAAGAAAAAUAAAUAUAGAAAUGUACCGAAGAGGAGAGUAAAGAGAGAAGAUGAUGAAUGCGAAGGUUUUAAAUGGGAGUCAGGCGUUACAAAACUACAAAGUCCUUUAAGCAAAAACUCAAGUACUUCUAAAGAUGGACUCUAUGCUAGUAAUGUUGAUUGUUACACUGUUAUCAGAGGUCAAACUGGACAACAAGUAGUUCUCACCUUCAUCAAUGAAUUUCAUAUCGAAUAUCAUCCUACUUGUAACUAUGAUUAUAUUCAAAUAAGAGACGGUGAAUAUGGCUACGCAAAAUCAUUAGGAAAAUUCUGCGGUAACGCCUUUCCUCAGGUGAUCCAUUCAUCGGGACCUUAUCUGUGGCUCAAAUUCCACUCGGAUAGCACCAUCGAGUAUGUUGGAUUCCAGAUUCAAAUCGAUUUAAUUGAAGCCGCCAAGAGUCGACCAAUACCAGGUGCAUGUAUGAAAGAAGUGGUAAACGUGACCAAUGGAGUAAUAGAUACUUCUCAAAUAGACCCUGAUUGCAAGAAGUUUGUUAGCGAGAGCGAAAGCCGUGGUCUUGAUGUCGUAUGGAAAAUUACAACUGCCGCUGAAACGAAGAUUUAUCUCAACUUCACGGCAUACAAUCUUGCUAAGCCGAAUGAGUGUGAAGAGAAUUAUAUACAAAUCUUUGGUAGAGAGCUGGAAGAGGAAAAGAGAUUGGCCAUAUACUGUGGGUCUGUGGCUAACGCAGUAAAUUCGCAAGACAACAUAAUGUACAUCAGGAUGUAUACUUCCAAAACGGCUGAAAAGGGAUCAACGUUCAACGCUACCUUCAAUGCGUAUAGACAAUUGGAUCCAAAUAAAGAUAACGAUGUGUGUAGAGAGGACGAAUUCGACUGCGAGGACAAUACCUGCAUUGAUGGCUCACUAAAAUGCAAUGAAUAUGCUAAUUGCAGACUUAAAACUGACGAGGACAAAGAUACGUGCAAGGGUGAGACGACAUCCAAAAUCAACGAACCUCACAUCAUGGUGAUUCUUGUAAUUUUCUCUCUCAUCUUAUCAGGAAUGAGCUUUGUAUUCCUCUUCAAAUGCAUCAGGAAACUUUACCAGGAUCACAAGAUUAUAAAGGAACACAUCAGCCAAUCCUGCGAAGAUCGUCUGGACAACUUGCUGGCAGACAGCAGGUUUCCUCUAGAUGCAAAGAAACUUCAAAGAACAAGCGAACCCAGAGCCAGUUUAGAGAGAGAAAAUCAUACCAACGAGAUGUUUAAGAAACAAAGAAGUUUUUCACAGAGGAAGCGAACCAGCAUAGACUCCGACUACAUCCAAGAAACACCUUUAGACCUUGACGAUGAACCGUGGCAGAGGAACGUUGAAAGCGCACCGAUAGAAGCGCAAGAUAUCAAGAUAGAAAGAAACGGAAGAUCAAGGCGCAGCGAGAUGAGCAAAAGAGAAGAAUCUAUUAGAAGUAAGAAAGAAUCAAAAGAAAUAGAAGAAAGGGGAAAAAAAGAGAUACGAGAUGUUUCUGUUGGUGCACCUGAUACCAAAGAGUCGGGAUGCCAGACAAGAGAAAGUUUGUUCCAAGCUGAUACUGCUCCGAGUUCCGAUGGUUCAAAUGGCACAAACAGCAGAGGAUUCUCAACGUUCGGAUACUCCGGAGCUACCAUCGUGCGUCCCUCUCCCCCCGCGCCAUCCAAUACUUCGCAGAUCACUCUGGAGCUAUUAAAGCAGGUUCCGCAACAGGAUCCCAUAAAAUCUCAAAAGAAAAUCCCUGACCGACGUCCAAUGAGUGCUGAGACAACCCGUUCCGCUCCUGACGUCAUCAUAGUCUCCAAACCGAUUCGCUGAGGAUGACCUUUGGGGCCCCCGCCGUGGGCCCCAAAACCCCCAGACUUCUGGGACCCCGGUGAACGCACCUGUCCCGAAGGUGCGUUCCAUCCGUGCUAUCACGAAAAAAACGAUGACUUCUCCAGAAGUAUGACUUUUGACCAGUGCGGUGGUUACUACAGUAAAUAUUUCGACGAAGGACCAAAAUUAACCUACGAUUAUUGCUUGAAAAGUGACUUUUAUAAAUCGAGAACGUUGCCAAGGAACCUUGGAUCUAGUGUAGAUUGUAAGAAGGUGCAAAGAAGUGUGUGUUUUGUAGAUGACUCGCCAUGUAAGAGGCAUAGGACUUUUGUCGUUACAGCCGAUAUUGAAGCUCCUAGGUAACGAAUAGGAGAAAUAGAUUAAGGCUUUCGAGAUAGAAUUUUAGUAGCUAAGAGUUAAUCUGAAGUUAA